AUGAUUAAAAACUGGUGCAAUAAAAAAACUAGACCAAGUUGGAAAAAUAUUCAUUUAACAAGUACUUCUCAAGAUUUAGCUAAAGAUUUGGUACAACAUACAGAAAAUGCACAGUCUUCAGUUCUUCAAAAAAGUAAAAAGAGAAAAUACACUGAUGAUUAUAUAAAAUAUGGAUUUUCAUAUGUAGGAGAUUUUGACUAUCCUAAAUCUAAGUGUAUUGUGUGUGGUGAAGUAUUGUCGAAUAGCUGCAUGAAACCUUCUCUGCUCUUGAGACAUUUAGAAACAAGACAUGCAGAUUAUAAAAAUAAAGAAUGUGAUUUUUUUAGAAGUUUAGCUAGAAAUAAUGAGAAUACCUCGAUUUUGACAUCAUASAUAAAGCCAGCUAAUAAAAAUAACCAAAACGCGAUUGAAACUAGUUAUCAUCUUAGUUAUUGUAUUGCAAAAUGUGGUAAGAAUCAUACAAUAGCUAAAAAUUUUAUUUCUCCUUGUAAAAAAAAUACCGUUCAGUGUAUGUUAGGAGAAGAGAACGUAAAAAAGAUAAACAGUAUUCCUCUUUCAAAUAAUACAAUUUCUCAUCGAAUUCGGGAUAUGUCUGAAGAUAUUGAAUUUACAGUGAUAGAUAGAAUAAAAAACAGUACAAUUUUCACUAUUCAAGUUGAUGAAAGCACCGAUGUUACUAAUUUCGCAGUUUUACUUGUUAUUGCAAGGUAUUUAAAUAAUAAUGAAGUCGAAUAA